ACUGAUUGUUUGAAACUAUGUCUAAACCGAUAUGGUCGUCAGGGUAUCCACCAUACAUCAAUGGUGGGAGUGGACUGGCGAUCGAUAAUCAGGUUAUAGUGCUUGACUUGAGAAGUUUGCAGUUUGGUGAUAAACUAACCAUCAGUCAUGGCCGACCAAGAAACAGUAGAAUCUGGUGGUGGAAGCAGUGGGGCUGAACGCAAAUGUGGAAUGGACAUGGGCUAUGUCAAGUCUAUCAACGGUGUGCUCAAAGCAAAGAUGAUGGGAUGGUCUCUGAUCGCCUUCAUUCUUUGCCUGGUGUCUGGCGUCAGCAUUGCUAACAUCUUCUUUGGCGUUGUCAUAUUCUGCGGUCUGUUCCUGAGUAUUGGCCUCUUCAUCGUCUUCGCGUACUCCAAGGACAAGGACAUCACGAGGAUAAACAUUUAUUUAUUUGAUUUUCUGGUCAGUAUCCUUGGAACGAUAGCCUACUUCAUCGUCUGUCUGGCCUCGGUAUUCAACAUUGCUCAACCUGCCAUGAUUGCUGCUGCCAUCUUUGGUUUUAUCGCGAUGUUGUCCUUCGGCGCCAGCAUUUGGUUCAACUUCCAGAGGUGGCGUCAGUUGAAACCACGACCCCCGACCUCAAACCAAAGCUAUGACGCAAAUUAUUAGAAACAAACGUACAGGUAACAGGAUUGGAUUAGAAUAGAGCGUGCAAGUCUGGGUACCAAACACUGACUAGUCUAGUCUCAGACUCCCGUGUUUGAAUUUACCCAAUAAUCUGUGUGAUCAAUUGAACGGAAGUUGAGGCCAACCUUUUUAAUCUUGUAAUAGUCAUCAGUUCGCAACAUUUUCAACAAUCAGGGGAUGUUUUGGUCAAACAUUAACUAUGAAUAAAAAAGUUGAGAUCAUUAUAAAAAACACUUCCCGUCUACCGCGAUAAUAUAUCUAGGGAGUCCAUAUCCGUUCGCAUACUCCGAGCAUGUCUAUUUUCACAGGCAUCUUACACGGAAUAAACCACACCACCGUCGGAUUUGUUUUAUAUCAAUUGAAAAGGAAGAGUUUAACACAAAGGACAGGACAAUUCGGGAAGGUUAGUGGGCAAUAUCUAUUCGGAAUGAGAAAUGUGAUAAAUACUGCGAUAAUAGGGCGUCCCAUCCUACAUGGUGCUCGGAUGUGCUGUAUUCUCGUAAAAUCUUGCGGGUUUUAGAGGUCAAAUUACACUCUCUGUUGUCCCACAUCCU